UUCCCAUAUUCCAGUUCGAGAUUUUUUCUCCGCCAUAUUGAGAGUGGUAGAACGCGCUGGACUGGAAUUGUAGCACCACAACAAAAAAUCGCAGACACUAAAACGAAGAGCACCUCUCGAUUUGUACUUCCUGAAGACUUUGUGGUGGCCCUGGUAUCAAGUGUCAGCCGCCCCUCUCUUCUUCCCAGCAGCGGAGGAUGACUCAGACCGUGCAGACCAACGGGGUCCUGCCCCUCAGCAAGACCUGGGAGCUCAGUCUGUAUGAGCUGCAGAGGACCCCACAGGAGGCCAUCACAGAUGGCCUGGAGAUCGCCGUGUCCCCGCGCAGCCUCCACAGCGAGCUCAUGUGCCCCAUCUGCCUGGACAUGCUGAAGAACACCAUGACCACCAAGGAGUGCCUGCACCGCUUCUGCGCAGACUGCAUCAUCACCGCACUACGCUCCGGCAACAAGGAGUGCCCCACGUGCCGAAAGAAGCUAGUGUCAAAGCGCUCGCUGCGGCCGGACCCCAACUUCGACGCGCUGAUCAGCAAGAUCUACCCCAGCCGAGACGAGUACGAGGCGCACCAGGAGCGCGUGCUGGCGCGCAUCAGCAAGCACAACAACCAGCAGGCCCUCAGCCACAGCAUCGAGGAGGGCCUCAAGAUACAGGCCAUGAACAGGCUCCAGCGGGGUAAGAAGCAUCAGGUUGAGAACGGCAGCGGCGCGGAGGACAACGGCGACAGCUCCCACUGCAGCAACGCGUCGGUGCACAGCAACCAGGAGGCGGGGCCCAGCAUCAAGCGCACCAAGACGUCGGACGACUCGGGCCUGGAUAUGGACAACGCCACGGAGAACGGCGCCGCCGCCGGCGACAUGGCCCUGGACGGAGCCAGCGAGAUCGAGCUGGUCUUCCGCCCGCACCCCACGCUCAUGGAGAAGGAGGACUCCGCGCAGACCAGUGUGGAAUUCGUGCCCAGGUACAUCAAGACGUCAGGUAACGCCACGGUGGACCACCUGUCCAAGUACCUGGCGGUGCGGCUGGCACUGGAGGACAUGCGCAAGAACGGGGAGGCCAGCCCCAUCAACGUGGACGCGGCCAGCGAGAAGCAAUACACCAUCUACAUCUCCACAGCCAACAGCAGCCAGUUCACAGUCCUAAAUGGCUCCUUCUCCCUGGAGCUGGUGAGUGAGAAGUACUGGAAGGUGAACAAGCCCAUGGAGCUGUACUUCGCCCCCACCAAGGAGCACAAAUAAGGCCAAGACCUGCCCUGCCAGCUCCAUCCAGAAAAGACUGAUGAUUCCCCCGUUACCUCCUACUCUCUCUCUCUCGCUCUCUCUCUCUCUCUUUCUCUCACCAUCUCUCUCUCUCUCUCUCUCUCUCUCUCUCUCUCUCUCUCUCUCUAUCCCUUUUUCCCGGUGUGGGUCUUGAUGCCCCUCAGUAACUGUGCUGCUUUUGGUUUUACUUUUUUGUUUUUGUUUUGUUUUUCUAUUGUCUUUUUGUAUGGGGGUGGGCGGGACCUGGGAGUUGUUUUCCGGUCGUUGGGUGGUCUGCUCCCCCGCCCGUCAGGUGCGUGUUCCGUGGAAGAACGCUUCAAAGGAGAGAAGCCAGCGCAACGCGACACGCCGUCAUGUAGAGUCGUCUCAUCGUGUAAAAUAUCAUCUGCCCGGCCCACAGUAGAGUACAAACUGUAUAAAAAAAACUCCACUGAUGGCCAACACACUCAGUAAACUUUUCAUUUUUGUCCUCCUCCUCUGUUCGUUUCCCCCCCCCCGGUUUUGUUCCUGAUAAUUUUGGGACUUGGUAGUUACCAUCCGUGGCAACUUGUCUGAUCACAUCAUUCAGGAUAAAUAGAAGCCAGUUAAACCCCCCGAGGUGUAAAUGUGCACCAUUUUGAACACUGGUCCUGUCCGCUGCACAUGAAUUUGCAAGAAGCAGACGGUGACACGCUCCAGUUUUAUAGCCUUAUGCUGACGGCUAAGCAGUGGACUCUCCUUCCCAAUGGUGAGGUGUCGAGGAAGGUUACUGCGACAAGAACUCUGGGUAACACAGGAGCAACACACAACACAACUCCGAAAUGCUCUAAAAGAUAUCGGACCAUUCACACAAACACUUAAAAUGAAAGAAAGAAAGAAAGCCUCUUCUUUUCCAGUUUGCUAUUUUAAGUAGAAUACGUAGCCGUUGUUGUUUCUGUCAGAGGAGGGACCUGUUUUUUAUAUAUAUAUCUUGAUGUUUCAUAAAAAAUGCCAUUGCAGACGACUUCUUUUAGAGCAUGAACUAUUUUAGUUUGACAUCCUUUGCAUAAAUAUGAGUUGUUGUUUGGAAACAUGUAUACCACAUUAUCUGUUUGGAAAAUAAAAAAAACAAUGUGUGA